UCUGUCUGCCUGCUGCGGGAGGAAACAAGGCGGGGUCAGAAAGAGUGAAAAGGGACCAGAGAGAGAGAGAAGCUAACAGUUUCAAAACUCGACGGAAUUAGAGUUUCAAACUUCAAUAAUUUGAUCAUCUGUCGUUUAGAGAUUGGGUGGUUAUAGCCGUGUUAUAAGACUGGUCGCCUUUAUAUCGUUUUUUUGUCUUGUUGUCAUUGUUUGCGUUCUUGUUUUUCCUGGAUUCAUUGCGUGACAGUAUGUCUCGGUCUGACUUCCCCCUGGGUUACGAUGACUCUCAUUCCCCCCUCUAUGGCCCCCAAGGUGGUAACUACCCCCCUCCCCCUGCCUAUGGCUUCCCUGCCAAUGGAGGUCCCCCAUCAGGCCAGCCCUCGUCCUUCUACCCCUCUGGUCCCCAUGGACCUCCAUAUCCCGGCCAGCCUGCCGGAUACCCUGCUGGGCCCUACCCAGGCCAGCCUCACCCCGGGGGUCCAGGGUACAACAACCAGCCUAUGAUGCCACCCAUGCCACCUAUAAUCCCCCCUACGAUGCCUAGCAGUGCACUGAGCGGCGAUGAAGAGGGGUUUGCGGCAGGCAGCUUUGAUAGUCUGAAAGUGCGACACUCCUUCAUACGAAAGGUGUAUAUGAUCCUGGCAUCUCAGCUACUCGUCACUGUCGCAAUCGUGGCCGUCUUCACAUUUGUUGACCCUGUCAAGAAGUUUGUGAUCGCAAACCCAGCUGUCUACUGGGCAUCAUUCGCUGUGUAUUUCGUCACUCACAUUGUGCUGGUCUGCUGUAAAGGACCCAGGAGGAAAUUCCCAUGGAAUGUCAUCCUGCUGGCCAUCUUUACACUGGCCAUGUCCUACAUGACGGGCACCAUAUCCAGUUACUAUGAUACUAAGGCAGUGUUUCUGGCUCUGGGCAUCACCGUCAUUGUGUGUAUCAUCACCACUGUCUUCUGCUUCCAGACCAAGGUGGACCUCACUUCAUGCACAGGCCUAUUCUGUGUCCUGGGGAUCGUUGUCAUGGUGGCAGGCAUCAUCACAGCCAUUGUGCUCUCCUUCAAAUAUAUUCCUUGGCUUCACAUGGUGUAUGCGGCCGUUGGCGCAAUAGUCUACACACUGUUUCUGGCGUACCACACACAGCUGUUGAUCGGCAAGGGGAAGAACUCUAUCAGUCCAGAGGAGUAUGUGUUCGCAGCGCUCUCCAUCUACAUCGACAUCGUUCAGAUCUUCCUGUGCCUGCUGCAGCUUAUUGGUGCAGCCAACAGAUGAAUCCCUGGAAACAACGUUCCUUCCCAUCCCCUCCCCCCCUGAGACAGGCAGACUCAGCUCACCAGAGUGCAACUGUACUCACUAUAGAAUUAGAAUGAGUAGAAUGGAAAUACUGGUGUACCUACCACAGAACGUUGUUUUGAAUGGGAACGUUCUUUCUACUAAUUCUAAUUCUAUGGAUUUGACUUCGCUAACACACAUAUUUAGCCAUUUUCAUGAAGUCUACUCUUCUGCUAAAAUGCAUCUGCUUGAAAAGACAUAUGUAGUAAUAUAUCAGUAUAGACACCAGUGGUGUAAAGUAACUAAGUAAAAAUACUUUGAAGUACUACCUAAGUAGUUUUUGGGGUAUCUGUACUUUACUUUUUCUAUUUUUGACAACAUUCACUUUUAUUCCACUACACUCCUAAAGAAAAUAUAUAAGUUUUACUCCCGUACAUUUUCCCUGACACCUAAGAGUACUUGUUACAUUUCGAAUGCUUAGCAGGACAGGAAAAUGUUCCAAUUCACACACUUAUAAAGAGAACACGUGGUCAUCCCUACUGCCUCUGAUAUGGCGGACUCACUAAACACAAAUGCUUCGUUUGUAAAUUAUGUUGGAGUGUUUGAGUGUGCCCAUAGCUAUCCGUAAAAAAAAAUAAAACAAGAAAAUAGUGAUUUUGCUUAAUAUGAGGAAUUUUAAAUGACUCAUAGCAUUUGCUAUACCUUUAUUUAACUAGGCAAGUCAAUUAAGAACAAAUUAUUAUUUACAAUGACAGCCUCCCUGGCCAACUGUGCACCACCCUAUGGGACUCCCAAUCA